AUGACACCAAACACCCCGAUCGACCAAGAAGAUGAACCGCCUCCCGUGCCACCAAAAGACAACACAAACGACGCACUCCGCGGUGUCUCCAAAGAGGACCUAAAAGAUGAUACACCUGGCAGCACCUCGACACUGCAAGUGCGACGCAGGCGACCACCACCGCUGACGGGCCCGGCUGUGAAACCGCUGCCACCACCGCCUCCAACUGGAGAUGCUGUACGCUUUGAGGGUGCUGAGCGGGGGAUAGAAGAACCGCCACCGCAGCCCCCUGUCAAAGAUGUACGUCUUGAUGAAACGAAGAGCAGGACGACCAAGCCGCUACCGGGAAUUCCAUGGAGACCUGAUUACAAGGGGACAAUUCUUUGGAUCGCAGCACUGGGGAUCUGGUUCCUGCUGGUGGUGCUCCUCUUGCCUGUUUUGCUUGAGGCAGACGCACUGCCCGGGCUGAACAAGAUAUUACGGAACUGGUCCAUAGCACUCUUGAGGUGA